AUGGAAGUCGACAUGCACGCGCCCGCGUCGAUGGCGACGUCCUUCACUGCCCCUCGUGCUUCGACCUCAACCACGAAACGGCCCCGUUCUCCUGCUUCCUGUAGUACGUCCGAACCUCCAUCGAAACGUCUUUCUUUCGGCAUUGCGGAACAUGAGAACGCCCACAGUAGAAUAGUGAUUCCUCUCCCGCAGAUUGCGUGUCCGCCCUAUGGACGGCUCCGUACCUCCGAGGAUUGGGUCGCUCAGACACGCACGCUCCGGAUCGGAAGUCCACUCGUGAUGGUGGGUUCUAGCUUCCCGCGUAUUCCCGAGAACGACAGUAGCCCUCAGAAGGAAGAAGACGCUAGCAUGACCGACGUGCAGAUGUCCAUCUGCAGCCCCGCUAGAACGGCACGUUCCUUACAAGAGGAGCGUACCGGAGCAGAGAGCUUCGCGUCGCCCAACCAACCUGACAUGUUACCCCAGCCAGAACUGCAGGGCCAGUUCCUCCGCCCGCCAGAGCCCCUGUAUCCCGCUCCGCAACAACAAUACCAAGCACAGUUACAGAUACCCUCGAUCCAGAUACACGAUGCGACUCCUUCCCCCGUGCAUGCGCCGGAAUUGACCCCUGCAUCCACCCAGGGUGGCCCUUUCAUCCCUCCAGCCCCCGCAGAAGAACCUAUACAACGUCAAGCCCAAGCCCAAGCCCAAGGACCUGCCGGGCGCAAACAGCGCUUCACGAUGGGCCCUCGUGCGGACUGCGAGAAGUGCCGCUUGGGCGUGCGUGGACAUUGGAUGCAUUUUGACUGA